GCCUCCUGCCUUUGCGCUUAGUUUUUCCCACGGGUACCUUCUGGAUUACUAGAAAGAGGGAGAUGCUUUGUUCCACUGCUGUGCAUAAAACAACGCAAAGAAGUCAAGAAUAAUGAGCGACCGAGCGAGCUAGGCUAGCCUGUGCACGUUUGCCUUUCUCUGGCUCUUCGACACGAGAGAUCAGAAUCAGAUUCCUCUAGAAUCCAAAGCCAAAUAGUUUCAACGUCUGUCAUCUUUCCUCUCUCUAUAACCCCAUUUUAUAGUCGCCAUCUCGGCCACGCUAAUUCGAUCCCGAGCACUCGCUCUCUCGUCUCUCUGGUUUCCAUGACUGGAAAGUUCUAUUGCAUGGUACUUAGGAUCAACAUCGACUGCAACGGCUGUUACCGAAAAGUUCAAAGAGCCCUUCUGCAAAUCCGAGAACUGGAAAACCAUUUGAUAGAGGAGAAGCAGUGCAGAGUAAUCGUAUGCGGCAAAUUCGUCCCGCAGGACAUGGCCAUAGCAUUAAGAAAGAAGACGAACCGCCGAGUGGAGAUACUGGAAAUUCAGGAGCUCGGUCAUGGUGAGGAAAAUGAAGAAGGCGGCGGCGAACAUACGCAAAGCUUGGUUCCCAGAUGGGGUCCUGUACCGAACCAAAAGCAGGUUUUACGUAUGUAAUGAUAAGACUCGAGAGCAAACUCUAUGUCUGUUCUUCGUACUUGUGUAGAGCUUGUGUGAUGCACGUUCGAUAUAUUCAUAUGUUGAGUCAUUGAUUCAAGAACCAGUCUACACGAUUCAUGAGAUAAUGUUUUUCUCUGUGUUUCGCUGGAAUUCAACUCUUGGACGACAUGUAUUUUACUGAAAGUUGGUUCUUGAUUUAUUAGAGGAGAUGGGUUAUGGUGAUUCUGGACAUGAAAUAUCAUAGGUUGUUUGUACCAAAAGGUGAUUGGGUCGUUAAU